AAUUCAAACCACGAACCGUCCCUGCACUUUCUGGAUAAGAUUCAGAACAAGAAUCCCCCAACUCAAAUCAGAACCUGAAAUCCCACCCUCAAGUUAACCAUGAAAACCCUGAUUUUCGCAUCAAACCCAAUUCUCCAUCUCUCAGAACCUCCCAUCAGAAAACCCAAAACCCAAACUUUUCAACCCAGCAUCACCACCACCAUACUCAAGGACAAAUUCAAGUCGCACGCAAAUGCGAAAGGCUUUUCAGCUUCAAACGGAUCGAUCGGAUCGACAAACAAGAAGGCGAACGAGGAAAACAACAAGAAGAAGAACGACGAUAACGAUGAAAUACCUCAAGAAGUAUACAACAGAAUGAUAGUGAGAAUCUUAGUUUCAGUGGGGUUUCCAAUGGGGUUGGGUCUGGCAUUUCUUCAAAUAUUUGGUGUGCUAAAGGAGAAACAACUCUGGGAUGUGCCUCUAUGGCUUCCAUUCACAACAACUCUGUUAACAUUUGGAGCUUCAGCUCUUGGAAUAGCUUAUGGAUCAUUGUCCACUAGUUUUGAUGCAGAGAGGAAAGAGUCUCUUCUGGGAAUUGAAGAGGUUCAGAGAAACUGGGUUGAGAUGUGGAAGGAGGAAGAUGAGAGCCAGACCUGACAGAGUCAUUACCCAUUUCAGAAGGUCUAUAGUCUGUAGUGUGUUGUUAUGAAUUUUCCGUAGAUUUUUGGGAAUUUUCUGGGAAAUACACAAUGCAGGUUAUUUCAUUCUGUAUUGCCUGUAGCUGAAUCUGAUAUAAUGUUCAACCAUUGCUUGAACUUGUGCGGAAUAUGGUUUUAAGAACGAAA